AUGGUUGAGGUUAAAGGAAAUGGCAAUACAACCUCAAAAUCUCCAUUUAAGAGUAUUAAACGUGUAUUAAAAUUCAAUAAACAACAUGAUCGAAGUGCUACCUGCCAAUCAAUUCCAAAGCUUGAAUAUACUUCCCAUCUCAAGUCUCGAGGAUCAUCAAUGGAGGUUAAAACGGGUAACCGGUCCCAUAGCACUAAGACAUCCAAUAACAGAAAGUCGGCACAACGAAUAUCUUUAUUUUAUUGUGAUAAUGUUAAAGUAUUAAAUGCUACAUUAUCUACACCCAAUCCUACGUUACAAGAUUUUCGUUACACAUCUACCUCGUUGCUGGCAAUGGGACCACUAGAAAUAUAUGAGAUCAAGACAAACAGUUCAUGCUCAAAAUAUUUAACUAUUGGAAAAAAUAGUGAUAUCGUACAUCCAUUAUUACCAAAAUUGAAGGUAACUAAGUUAAUUAUACAUGAGAAUAGUGAAGAAAUUAAUAGGUACUAUAUUUCGUUCUCCAACCCAUCGCGAUUCUGGGAGAUUCAAUUUCCUCAGGAUGAUAGCAUCAAGAAUGACAUAUUCGAGAGUGUAAUAUCUAAAUCAUGUAGGUUAAUAUAUCUUGAAGAUAAGUAUAAGAUUGAAAAGGAGUUUAGCAAUGUGAUUACUGAAGAUGAUUCUAAGACGAUUAAUAAUGAUAGCAUUGAUGACCUGAAUUAUUUACUGGAAGACAGUGACAGUGACAAUGAUGAUAUAAGCAUUACCAAAACUAUUAUGGAUUCUGACAAGAAUAAAAAAGCUAACAAUUCAACAUAUUAUCCCAAUAAAAGUUCUAAACUAUUAAGCAAUUCGAAUGACAUCAAUCAACAAUUUAGAAAAGUAAUAGAAGAAAUGUCACCAUUUACUGAGAAGGUCGAGUCUCACAAUAAAUGGGUAUGGAAACAAUCAAAUCAUCAAAACUUAGCACCAUCAGAGAAAAAUAACAAAAAGAUGGCCUACAGAAGAAGUUUAUACGUUUCGAACCCAAAUAUAUUAUUAGAUAUAGGUUCAAUAAAGACCAACAGACGAUCUGUGUCCGGAUUGUCAGAUUAUGAUACAUUAGUAUCUUUGCAUAACUUACGAAUUUAA